AUGUCCGGCUUGGCAGACUUUGAACGCGCCCUCCUCGAUGUUGCCAACGGCACUAUCAUUCCCACCAAUACUAUUACAGUAGGCGGCUUAUUGAUUCAGCUCCUUCAUCCUCGCGACGCCGUGCGGCAGGGAAGGAACAGCCUUCACAUGGCCAUGAAUAUCCUCGCUGCUCUUGUUCAAGAAGGGAUUCCUGUACCUGAUGUAUGGCUGAUUCGCAUGAGAGAUGAGCAUGCGUCGCUCACAACCACGGCGAACAAGUUAGACAACGCGUUAGGAGCAAAAGUUUGUUUCUGGUCGAAGGUUGCGAUGGUGAACACCAUCUCAAUUAGUAGACAAGCCCGUACCUUCGUCGGAAGGGCAGAGGAGUUCCGGUUCACAGUCCAGAAAACGUCGGAUUUGGCUAAAAGCCGACAGCUAGGCAACGGCCGCGACGCACCGCUCACUCAUCAUACGCUCAAUUCGAACUUGUCCCUCGUGUCAAAUUUCUCAACGAUAUCCAGAUCUGAAAUAAGGAGUGUUCAUGAGCAGGGUACAGUGGCCGUCAUGACUCGUAGUAGUAGACCCGCCUUCGAUACUUACAUGUCCUGGAUUAGCUCAGGAAUCGUGAGUGGUAGUGCUCGCCCAAGAUCAUCAACGAAUGACGCGUCGACUGAAUCCUUGUGCAUUAUACGCAAGGUCAAACAAGAUGGCUCUCUUCCAGAUCUAAGAACAGGGCAAGGGCUCCGUAUCUAUGGUAAUCCAAUCGCGGAUAUUAUCGUUGAACCCGACUUCAACCCGUGGCGGGAUUGA